AUGAGACCUUCCACCAUUCCUUUGCAGCAUUCCCUUGUGAGCUCUUGGAGUGCUUUUCGGGGCCACCUCGGGUGGCCUUCUCCUGGCGCCGCUGGGGCCACUUCACCGGUACUUACCAGAACCAUCAGGGCUCUGGGGAGUUGGUGGAGAUGUACGGCUUCGCCGUGGCUUUGGUGGAUGACCAGCUCCGCCUGGUCGAUGUCGAGGUUUACUACAAGGCGGACUCUUUCCUGGAGGUUUUGGAGUUUAGGGUUUAGGGUUUCGGGUUUAGGGUUUAGGGUUUAG